AUGUUUGCCCCAGCUGCAACCCCCAAAUCUCACCUUGGCCGCUAUCGCCUACUGGCUCCUACAGCUGCAGUCAAGGUGAGCCCUCUAUGCCUAGGAGCGAUGAAUUUCGGCGAAGGAUGGAAAGCAAGACUCGGCGAAUGCGACAAGGAAACCUCCUUCAAGAUCCUAGACACAUACUACGACAACGGAGGCAACUUCAUCGACACAGCCAACAACUACCAAUCCGAAGACUCAGAGAAAUGGCUCGGCGAAUGGAUGGAAGCCCGCGGCGUACGCGACCAGAUCGUCCUAGCAACGAAGUAUACAACUGGUUUCCGCAGCCACAUCUCAUCAGAGAUCCAGGCGAACUUCGUUGGCAAUAAUGCCAAGAGCAUGAAGCUGUCUGUCGAGGCUAGUUUGAAGAAGUUGCGGACGGACUAUAUUGACUUGCUCUACGUGCACUGGUGGGACUUCGCCACCUCCAUCGAAGAAGUAAUGACAUCCCUCAACCAACUGGUCGUUUCCGGGAAGGUUUUAUAUCUCGGUAUUAGUGACACGCCAGCGUGGGUUGUCACCAAAGCAAACCAAUACGCCCGCGACCACGCCCUCCGCCCCUUCUCAGUCUAUCAAGGAAAAUGGAACGCAGCAACACGCGAUUUCGAACGCGACAUUAUCCCCAUGGCCGCGUCGGAAGGAAUGGGUUUGGCACCAUGGGGAUCCCUCGGUGGUGGCGCCUUCAAAACCGAAGCCCAGCGCGAAGAGCUCGCCAAGUCAGGUAAUCCUGGUCGACAGGUCCCGCCCAGCGCAAACGAUAUCGCUGUCUCGAAGGUCCUGGAGGGUAUUGCAACGCGGCAUGGGACGGCCAUCACCAGCGUGGCGCUUGCGUAUGUGAUGCGCAAGGCUCCGUAUGUGGUUCCUAUUGUUGGAGGCCGGAAGGUUGAGCACUUGUUGGGCAAUAUUGAGGCUUUGGGUCUUGCUCUUUCUGAUGAGGAUGUUGCCGAGAUCGAGGGGGCUUAUGAGUUUGAUAUUGGGUUCCCCAUGAAUUUCUUGUUUAGAGGGGCGGUUAAGGAGGCGCAUCCUUCUAACGCUACUUUUGUUAAUAGUGUUGUUAAGCUGGAUCAUCCGGAUUUGGUAAGAGCUGUUGGAUCCAAGAAGUUGGAAGACUGA